AUGAGUAUAAAAGGAACGCAUGACUCAGAGGAUCUCGUUCUCGAGGAGGGCUCAAGUAGGCUCAGAGACCAGGUAGAUGGCAGUGGAAUGAGCUUGGGCAAGAAGGGGGUGAAGGUGAGUGGGAAACACGUGGCUCCAGUGGACUGGGACAGAGGGGGGCCGUCGAUAGUCCACCACUCCGACUACGUGAGCAGCCCCAGACCCUCAGAAAGCAACCCCACCAUCAUCUCUAUCGGCCCCUCUCCCCACUCCCACAGACCCUCUGUGUCUCCAGAGAGGGAUCGACACAGGCAGGAUGAGGGCCCCCCCUCCAGGGUGGAGUGGUCCAGAGAGGGUUGCACCUACAGCCCAAAGGGCGAGGUGAGGGUCUCCAGACAGACCAUGGAUGAGUUGAAGAGUAUCCUGAAGGAUAGUUCCAUGCUUGGUGCCCGGGGGAAGGAGGAGGGUGGGCGUCCUGGGAGCCCAGCCCCUUACACCUACCUGCAUGGGACCAACAGGGGAGAUGGACGGCCGGAGUCCCAGUCCUCCUUCACCACUUUCAAGCCCCACUCUGAUGCUUCCAGGAGGGUGUCCACCAGGUCCAGGGACAGCAGCUCCCUCCAGCUUGGCUCCGGUAUGGACUCGUCAACCUCAUACAGGUCAGAUGUGACUGGAGCAAACAGGCAAUACGGAGUACGGUCGUCCACGUCUGAGAGCAGCAGUGCCAACUGUCGAGGUUAGUCUGAUAACAGUAAAGACAACAUGGUUAAGUCUGGGACUCAGAGCUUUGUCUCAGCCAUGGAGCACAUCAAGCAGCAGAUUGUCCGGGAGAAUAUCAACUUUGUCCGCUUUGAGGCCACAGAUCUCCAUGGGGUGUCCAGGUCUAAGACAGUGCCAGUCCGCUUCUUUCAUGAGAAAGCAGUAUACGGGGUGCCGAUGCCAAGAAGCUACCUAGAGCUGACCCUGAGCCCUAAGAGCUGUGAGGUGGACCACGCCAACAACCCUGCCAACUUCAGUAGCGACGUGUUGCUUAUCCCAGACCUGUCGACCUUCAGGGUGCUGCCCUGGGCAGAGCAGACGGCCCGGGUCAUCUGUGACCCCUGCAUGAUAACUGGCAGCCCCCUGCGUACCGCACCCCGCCUCAUUGCCAAGCAGCUGAUGGGGCAGCUCCAGAGCAUGGGUUUCUCCCUGUACUCCUCCUUCACCUACGAGUGCUGUGUCCUGGGUGCGCCCGACAGGGUGGCCCCCAAGACCAUGCUGUUCCCUGCCACCACCCUGGCCAGCAACCACGACCUGCCCUUCUUCCAGCAGCUGGUGAAUGGGAUGUACUGCAUGGGGGCCGAUGUGGACAGUUUGGCCUCAGCCAUGGUGCCCGGUCAGAUGGAGAUCAACUUGAGGCCAGAGUUUGGCAUCGCGGCCGCCGACACCGCCUUCACGUUUCAUACCGGCAUCAAAGAGAUGGCAAGGAAAUACAGCUACAACGCCAGCUUCUUCACCGACGACAGCAUGUACAACGCCGGGGUGCUUUCCCACUCUCUCUGGGACGCCAACGGCCACCGUAGUCUCUUCCACACCGGGGACCACGGCGCAGGGGAGCUGUCGGAGAUUGGCAGGAAGUGGCUUGCGGGGCUCUUGAGCCACUCGGCCGCCCUGAGCUGCCUGCUCUCCCCUAGGCUGGGCUGCCGCAGCCACAUCGCCAAGAAGGUUAAAGGCCCCAAGCACAACGUGCUUUACGCCACCUAUGGCUACAACGACAACAGCAGCGCCUUCAAUGUAAAAUGCCACGGCGGGCGGGAGAUGCAUAUCGACAACAAGCUGGGCUCGGCCAUGGCUAACCCAUACGUGGUGCUGGCGGCCACCGUGGCGGCAGGACUGGACGGUAUCAAACGCAACCUGGCGGCUGAGACGGGUCUGACCAGGGCCUCCACCCACACCCAGCUGGGGAAACAGCAGUUUGCCAUCCCCGUGAAGCUGGAGGACUCUCUGGUGGCUUUGAGCGAAGACCAUGUGAUUCGCAGAGCACUGGGAGAACCAUUUGUGCAGUAUUUUAUUGCUCUGAAGCAAUUUGAGAUUGAGACUGAAGAAUUGGAUGCAGAGAGAAACAAAUGUCUGGAAUAUUUCAUAUAGAAGUACUCAAUAUUGUACAGUCAGAUUCCUGUUAAACAAACGGAUUGAUUGAAUUCAUACAAUGCUUUUUUUCAAUAUAUA